AUGGCCUUUUUCAGCCCGCGUGCCUCGUCGUUGGCGCCGGCGCUGCCGCCCCCGGGUUUGGAGAAACCGAUUGGCGAGCCGCCGUCGUCGAGUUGUGCCGAGUACCGCACCACCGUGCUGUUCCGCAACGUGCCCUACGCUUUCACGCGAGACACGUUCGUGGAGCUGCUGAACUCGCAAGGCUUCCAAGGGAAGUUUGACCUGGUGUACGUGCCUAUGGACUUCAAGACGAACCGGGCGCGCGGUUAUGCGUUUGUGAACGCGGUGGACGCUGAGGUCGCCCUCUGUCUCUUUGUCACGUUCGAGGGCUUCCAGGCGUGGCCCAAGAGGAGCUCGAAACCGUGCAACGUGUCCUGGAGUUGCCGUCAGGGCCUCGAGAGCAACGUCGGAGCUUACCGCAACCUCCCGGUGAUGCAGGCGCACGUCCCCGACGCCUGGAAGCCGGCCGUCUUCUCGAAGGGCAGCGAGGUGCCCUUCCCCGCGCCCACGGGGAAACUCAGGCGCAACCGAAAGAUCCUCCACUGCGAUGGCGAGGCGCCGCGGAUCUGA